CCGCCUAUCUCGCCCCCCAGCGCACAUGCGCGGCCGCCAUGUUGCCGCCGCCCGUGACCACAGAUUCAGAAUAGUCUAUGGAAUUGAAGAAAAAAGACUGGCUGUAAAUAUUUUGUUAGUUGAUACUCGUCAAACAUGAGUGCCGAAAGAGAGGCAGAAGCGCCAGAAGACAUAUUGGAAUCUAUAGACGAGCUGAAGGACCGGUUGUCGUCGAUGAAGCGGAUGAUGGAGGAGCGCAAGGCGGCUGGCACGGGCACCAAGGACCUGUUCCAGGGGCAGGCGCGCAGCCUGCAGGGCACCACCAUGAUCGACGGCAACUUCCUUAGCUUCGUGUUCGGAGGCUCCCUCAUCGUCAUCAUCAGCGUCUCCGUAUACGCUUUCUACAACCUCUACUACGCGGUCCUAAAGAAGUUCCCCUCUCCACACACAGAACUCUAACACGUGAUAUCCACAUAGGAAUGUCUACCUUGUUGUAAUUAAGAUAUUAAAUAUUGAUCGCAAUAACUGUGGCUGCCAAAUAGAAUUUUUUA